UAUAGAACAAUUGUCAUGCCAAUAGCCAAAGAUUUUGAUCCUGAUAUUGUACUUGUGGCAUCGGGGUUUGAUGCUGCUUAUGGACAUCCUGCACCUCUUGGUGGUUAUAAUAUCACAGCUGCUUGUUUUGGAAAUAUGACUAAGCAGUUAAUGCAGCUAGCAAAUGGAAAAGUUGUGUUAGCACUUGAGGGAGGUUAUGACUUACCAGCUAUAUGUGAUUGUUCACAUGAAUGCACUGCUGCUUUAUUAGGUGAUGAUUGUUCACCAAUGAAAGAGGAAGAAAUAUCUCGUAGACCUUGCCAAGCAGCUGUCGAUGUAUUGCAACGUUGCAUUGCAAUUCAAGGUAAUAUCACAAACAGAGUUUUANCGCUCUACU